AAAGAAGAAGAAGCAACAGGCCACAGUAACAACAUCCGAUCAGUAGGUGGCGCUGGUGAGUCUGAAUGAGGAAGUGGCGGAAGCGUUGACUGUGUCGCGGGUUCAGCAUCGCCAUUUCACAUUUCAUUCAUUAAUGUCAAGGCCUACAUCCCUUUAUAGGAAACUUGGAAAUCCAUCAUGGUGAAACUUUUUAUUGGCAAUCUUGCCUGCGAUACCACCGCAGAGGAGCUGCGUGAACUCUUUGAGAAAUAUGGCAAAGUCUCAGAAUGUGAUAUUGUCAAAAACUAUGGUUUUGUUCACAUGAACAACAUGGCUGAGGCAGAGGAGGCCAUUCGAAACCUGCACCAGCACGAGUUGAAUGGUUGGCACAUGAAUGUGGAGAUGAGCAAAGGGAGGCCCAGGUCCACCACCAAGCUGCAUGUCAGCAACCUUCCUGAUGAGGUCACCAGUGAUCUUCUGCGGAGCAAGUUUGAGGAGUUUGGCCCAGUUGUGGAGUGUGACAUAGUGAAAGACUAUGCCUUUGUUCACAUGGAGCGAGUAGAUGAUGCCAUGGAUGCCAUCAGUAAGCUGGACAACACAGCUUUCAAAGGCAAGCUGAUGAGCGUACAGCUGUCCACCAGUCGGCUUCGCACAGCCCCAGGAAUGGGAGAUCAUACUGGCUGUUAUGUCUGCGGGAAACAUGGUCAUUGGUCUAAAGACUGUCCUGUCGGUCGGAACGGUAGCCACGGUGACGACAUGAGAGGUUACAGCGGCCGGGCCCCACCUUGCGGUCCUCUAGGUUAUGGCGGGGGAAGCUAUGGGAUGGCCCAACCUUCAGCAGCUGAUUACAUGAGUAACUCUGCGUAUAGUCAGGCUAGUUAUCCGGGUGGGAUACCACCCCCCCCUCGUAGGUUUGGUGGCUAUGGCUCUGAGCUCGGAGUUGGGUACGCCAGCAGGGCACCAGGCCCUUAUGUUGAGAGGUCGAUGGGUUAUGAUCUAAGCGGUUUUGGUUAUUAUAAUAAAUACAGAGUUCGCCCUUAUGGCGCAAGCUAUUUCGAAGCUCGUCGUUUGUCCUAUCUUCCUCCCCCACCACCACCUCCUUCCUCCCUUUCAAAGGUUCCCCCCAGUACAGAUCCAUAUGAACGGCGGCCACUGGCUCCCUCGUCAUCAGCUGCAUACUUCGCACGAGAGCGCAGCCCAAUCAGACGAGUGCCUGGCUCCUCAACUAGUUACACGUAUGAGCGUACUCGACUGUCACCAGUUUCAUCAUCCAAGGCCUCCUACUCUGAUGCACGAGCCAAGGAUCAACAGUUUUCACCUUAUUAAAGUCAUGCUGCCAAGGUGUUGCUUUGUACUGCAGGACUUUUCCUUUGCUGUCAUUUCUUCAAGCUUCGUGAUUCCAUCAGCGUUGACAAUACAAAGCAAAACACACAAGAUACGAAGAUUCACCUCAAAACUGUGUUGGUCUCUUCCAAGCGCCUGAGUUGGCAACUGUCUGCAGCUGACACAUUCUCUCUUAAUAAGGAUGGUAAUUAACUGUUUGGCAUUGAUUAUAAUACAAUUUCUGACUUGUUAUGCAGGAUUUCAGUUGAGCUUUAGCCAUGCUUUAAGUUUUUCUCACCUACGACCUUUCUUUACAUUAAGCAAGUUGUUAAGCUCCAAACUUCAACAUAGCACAAUAAUAUUUUGUCUUUUGUUUAUUUAAAAAAGCUGAAUUUUAAUUUUAUGGGCUUUAUGUUACCAUAGAGUACAUAGUUUCAUUUAGGUUUAUGUCUUGUCAAAUGUACACAUUGAAUCUGUGACAGUUUGAGGGAAAUUCUUUUCAAGUUAAUAGUUAUUUUGGCAAAUAUAAAGUAUCAUGGUAUGGACAUUAAAACGUGUGUAGCUUUUAUGGCGGCAAGAUGAAAGAGUGAAAUUCAGCUCUAAUUUCAGAAGUUCUCUUCAUCCCUUGUUUGCCUUGAAUGCAGCUCAAGUGUUCUUGUUUCUUUUACGUAUAAACAGCAAUCCUAUGUUUUACAUGCUUAUGUAAAUUAUCUUUAUACAUUGCAUGAUACCACUUGGUUGUAGUGCAGGAGAGCAUUAUCAAGCUCCUCAUCACACAUCUGACACAAACUAAUUUCAAUUAGAUGGAUGUCGAGUACAAUUUAUUUAAUUGAAUUAAAUUAAAAAAAAAACGCAAAUACCACCGAUGUCAAACAGGUUCUUAGAGAAAUGAAUGAAAAUUUGUGGUGCUGGUGUGGCUUCAUUUUCAGAUGGCAAAUGAGCGCAUCUCAAACAUUCCAUACAAAAAACUAGGAAAGAAGUGUGACUGAGUGAUGCCUAACAAGAAUAUUGCUUUACAUGAAUUGUGAGAGUAAAGAAAUUCUCUAUCCAGUGACAAUGUUACAUAUUGUCUGCAUUUAACAAAUUAACCCACCAUGCUUAUUAUUUCAGUCUGGGAUUUUUUCUGUACAGCUGAUACAAACAUGUAAGGCAGGACUCAGGGCUUGGACUGUGUCAAAUACAAGGCGCUCCUUAAAAAUGUGCCUUGAUUUGUUUAGCAUAUAGAUGGUUUUCAAUUGAAUUGUAUUUUUUCAUACCAGCAUACAACAGAAAAAAAUCUCAAUUCAAAAAUGUUUAAUAAAGCUAAUUUUGUUUUGAUGCCUGA